UGGCCUAGUAGGAAAUUCUAGCCACCCAGUGCCUGGCAAGGUUCGACAAGCCUCGAUUUCAUAUGAAAUGCCGCGUUUUGGCAUCCGAGACUUUGCCAUCCAUCCAUCCAACUGAACAGACUUUGCCAUGGCUGAGCAGACUUCUAUUGGAAAUAGUAGCAAUGGCGUCUUGGCUCGUCGUGGCUUGUGGAUCCAGCGGCAUCGUAUGCCGCAGAUCAUCUGGCCGCUGUCAGGGUCCAACGUCCUGCAGCUCGAUGAGAGCACGCGCCAACGGAACAAGACCCUUUUAACGCGUGUGAGUGAUUAUCUAGCAGGCAAAAACCCUGAUGCACGGAAUCAGGGUGUCGUCUGUGCAACUUAAGCCUCAUGUUCAAGUCUGAGCUCAGAGUUUUCGGCCUUAGACUCGGCGUAUCAUGGGUUCCUUUGACACUUCGGCCUGCCUUCUCCAUACGGCUAGAAUUGCAGGUUUGGUAUUGGGGUCAGCAUCCCUCUGCGCCGGCAAAGCCUGUCCUCAAUGUCGAAUUGCUGACGACCAUCUGUGGGACAAGUCAUUCCACAGUAGUAUUCUCAACGAGAGAGAAGAGCCAACGAACAAAGACAGCUAACCACCGGAACUUGCCCCGGAGGAUUCUUCGAGGACGCUGUGUGAGACAUUGGGCGCUCUAGUAACAAGCGCGGCGCGCUACUUGUACGCUUUUAGAGU